ACCACGGUGCUUUUCAAUAACAAAAAUCAUACGGGGGAAAAAAAGGCAUUUCACUUCCGGGUCAGCAUUGGUUUCUCUGUCUCUCUGGUUUCUAUUGCCACCAGUUCGUGGGUAAUAGUUGCCCAAAAUUAGCUUUCAUCUCAGGUGUGGUCGCUGCACUUCGUCCGUCCGAGAGCCGACAUGGUGUUAAAAGUGACUGUCAGCGGUGUCCGGAGGGCCGCGAGGACGCUGUGGCUUCUCGUGCUGGUGAGCUCGUGUGUGUCCAUCAGUGUUUCCCGAGCAUCAUCACCUCAGGAGGACGACAGUGCCAUGGAGAACAUCGUGACAGAGAAAAAGGCUGAGGAGAGCCACCGGCAGGACAGCGCGGACCUGCUCAUCUUCAUCACCCUCCUCACCCUCACCAUCCUGACCAUCUGGCUGUUCAAACACCGGCGGUUCAGAUUCCUGCACGAGACCGGGCUGGCGAUGAUUUACGGCUUGAUCGUGGGGGUGAUCUUGCGCUACGCUGUUCACGUCCCUCGGGAUGUCAGCAAAGCCCCCAUGAGCUGCUUCUUCAACGCCAGCCCCGCCACCCUGCUGGUCAACAUCAGCGGCAAAUUCUACGAGUACACUUUGAAAGGGGAGAUCAGCGGCAACGAGGUGAACGACGUGCAGGAUAAUGAGAUGCUGCGGAAGGUAACCUUUGACCCUGAAGUGUUCUUCAACAUCCUGCUGCCGCCCAUCAUCUUUCAUGCCGGCUACAGCCUCAAGAGGAGACAUUUUUUCCGGAACAUGGGGUCCAUACUGGCGUACGCCUUUAUGGGGACAGUCGUCUCCUGUUUUGUCAUCGGGUUGCUGAUGUACGGCUGUGUGACGCUCAUGAAGCGGAUGGGGCAGCUGGGAGGAGACUUCUUCUUCACCGACUGCCUGUUCUUUGGAGCCAUUAUCUCCGCCACAGACCCAGUGACUGUGCUGGCCAUCUUCAACGAGCUGCAGGUGGACGUGGACCUGUACGCGCUGCUGUUUGGAGAGAGCGUGCUCAACGACGCCGUGGCCGUCGUUCUGUCCUCGUCGAUUGUGGCCUAUCAGCCACAGGGAGACAACAGCCACACCUUCGAGGUCAUGGCGUUGCUGAAGUCCUUGGGCAUGUUCCUGGGAGUUUUCAGCGGCUCCUUUUCUCUGGGAGUGGCCACAGGAGUCUUCACCAAACUGAGAGAUUUCCAGCUGCUGGAGACGGCCCUUUUCUUCCUCAUGUCCUGGAGCACCUUCCUGCUGGCAGAAGCCUGCGGCUUCACAGGUGUGGUGGCAGUGCUCUUCUGUGGCAUCACUCAGGCCCACUACACCUUCAACAACCUGUCUCCCGAGUCUCAGGACAGGAGCAAGCAGCUGUUUGAACUUCUGAAUUUCCUAGCGGAGAACUUCAUUUUUUCCUACAUGGGCCUGACCCUGUUCACCUUCCAGAACCACGUCUUUAAUCUGAUGUUCAUCGUCGGAGCUUUUGUGGCCGUGUUCCUGGGCAGAGCCGCUAACAUCUACCCGCUCUCGUUCCUUCUUAAUUUGGGGCGACGCAACAAGAUCCGAUCCAACUUCCAGCACAUGAUGAUGUUCGCAGGCCUGCGAGGCGCCAUGACGUUCGCCCUGUCCAUCCGGGACACGGCCACCUACGCCCGCCAGAUGAUGUUCUCCACCACCCUUCUAGUCGUCUUCUUCACCGUUUGGAUUUGCGGAGGAGGGACCACUCAGAUGCUCUCCUGCCAGCGCAUACGAGUGGGAGUGGACUCUGAUCAGGAUAACUCCGUGAGUACGAUGCACGCCGAUGCGUUCUGCAGCAGAAUCAGUUCUGCCAAGCGUGUCUUGAUGAGCAUCACUGACGGAUCGGAGAGGAGAAGCACCAAACAUGAAAGUGCCUGGCUUUUCAGAAUUUGGUACAACUUUGACCACAACUACCUGAAGCCCAUCCUGACCCACAGCGGCCCCCCCCUCACGGCCACGCUGCCCCCGUGCUGCGGCCCCCUCGCCCGCUUCCUCACCAGCCCUCAGGCCUUUGAGAACGAGUGCCAGCUGAAAGACGACGACUCCGACCUCAUCCUGACCGACGGCGACAUCAACCUGAGCUACGGCGACAUCACGGUCAGCACGGACGCCACGGGGGCCCACACCAGCGGCGCCCGGGGCUUCUCGGGCGCCGCCAGCGCCGACGACCUGGACAGAGAGCUGGCCUACGGAGACCACGAGCUGGUGAUGAGGGGCACCCGGCUGGUGCUGCCGAUGGACGACUCCGAGCCGCCCUUCGCGGACCCCCCCAACCUCUUAAGGAUGUGAAAGCGGCCCCAGCAAAGGACCAGAACCUGGCUCUCCAUCCGCCACUCCUCCAUUUCUCAUUCCUCACUCCUCUCGCUUUUUCCCCCGCUUCUCUAUUAUUUCAGGUUUCUCGCUGUUUCUACCUCACUUUGCUCACGCUCAUCUCCACAGCUCUCCGGCAUCUCCCAUUUGACUCUAUUCAAGUACUAUUUAUUUGCAGUUUUCACAGUGGACAGCUUGACAUAGUGGCCUCACCGUAGCAACGCACAGAGGUCCAGCAGCAUGCGUCAGUCUGUAAAUGCAAGUACCAACCACUAGCUAACCCCUCGAUGUACACUAUAUCCCAAGAUGACUAUAUCUUUGUCCUGCAUGCAGAGGAUGUUUGCUUUUUUUUCUCUCGCAGUAUCUGACUUUUACAGCUCUUUCUUUUGGGCUUGGGUCUGACUUUGAAUGUUGCUGCCUCAGGGGCGAGCUGACCCCCGUGGACAACUUUACUGUACCUUUUGGUUCAAUUUAAGUGCCUGGGAGUUGUAGUUUUAAGCAUGGCGACCCGUUUGUUGGAUGGGCUGUGAGAAACGGAGCUACUUGAGGGCGGGCAGUCGUUCACUUUUUCCUUUGCAAAAAAACAAAACAAAAAGUAAAAACACACGCCGCUCUCUGUAAGGUAGCAAUCCUCUCAGCGGGCGUUCGACAGUUUGUGCUGUUUGCUUGUAAAUAGCGCGCAACAAUGUGACCUGGCAGCGAAAGCUAUGGAUCUCUCUCAGUGACCUUAGACUGUGACACACACAGAGAGGCUUUACACCUUAUUUUAGAAGCUGAUGCCACUGGCAGGAGUACGAAGGGCUGCGGCUGUAACAACGAGAUCCAAAGGAAACUAAACUGAGAAAGCUUUGUGCCAUUUUUUUCCCCCUGAGUUCUGACAUUUUAUGGAACGCACGUGACCUUAAAGUGUUAUGUAUGCUGUUUUUCUGCAGUACUUUAAGCUGAAUCCAACUUUUUCGUACCCAUUGUGCUUUUUUCACACAUUUUCUACAUUGCAUUUUGAUAAAUUUAACGAUCAUGCUAACUAAAAAGAUAUUUUCAUGUUAAAUUACCUGAAAAACCUAAUUAGAAACCUGAAUUUGAAUCUAAAAUCAUCAGUCUUUUGAUCUUUUUGAGGGUAAUCUUGGCAAAUCAGGGAGAUGAUUGUAUCUGGUUUAAAGAGGGCUGCGACAUUUUCAUUAUCCGUUCAUGUGCCAGAUAGUUUUUGAUGAAUACGGGAAUGGUGAGGUCUGUAAAAUGUCAGACAGCUGUGACUACAGCUCCAAAAGCUUCCCGAGCUUAAACCCGACAUAUUUCAGAAUGGUAAGAAACUGAGCUGAGGACGGAUGUGAAGCUGUGCUCACAGCCCUCACUUUUCUAAAGGUGUUACUAA